AUGGCGGCGCGAUUCGGAGGUGGAUUGCUCCUCGUAGCAGUCAUGUGCGUGGCAGCGGCGUGCGUUCCGAGAAGCUGCCGCGCGCAGCCUCCUCCGCCGACGAAGGCGCAGCUGCGCGCGGAACUGCAGAGCAUGGCGAAGAGCAUCGUGAAGCGGUACCCGCAGUACUCGCGAUACGCGCAGGACGCCACCAAAUACAUUAACUUCGCACUCAAUUCCAAGUACGACCUGUCGGCACUGCGAGACGCGUCCAUCCUCAUCCCCAACAACGUGCAGGCAGAAGCCCUCGCUAAGAGAAUCCCCGCUAAGAGCAGCAGCGUCCCCACACUGUACAACAUAACGGCGUUCCACAUCCUGCGGCGCCGAAUGACCCUCCCGCAGAUGAGGCAGGUGAAGCUGCGGACGGCGAUAGGAACUCAGCUGAGGCAGCCGCUCUUCAAGAUGACGCCGAUGGGAAACAACAGCGCUGUGUCGUUUGCUAGGGGGCCGUACUUGAAGGUGGACCAGUGGACCACCAUUCGCAUCCCGGGGCUGUACGUGGGGCGCUGGUUCAUUGCCCAUGGGGUGGAUCGGGUGAUCAUCCCUACUCACACCAAGAUAUGA